CGACGCUCGACGCGAUCUCUUCGACGAUCAUUGACAUCGCUCAAGCGCUCAUCCCUCACGCUCUGAUGCCUUCAUGGAGCCAGACUCGCAUCCUACGAUCGCCCGGCGGCGACUGCGACAAGCUCACAAGGAUUUGACCCGGCGAGGAUUGCUCAUUGCCGCUAAAUGGUCGGCCGAGCUGGUCUGUUCGGUCCGCGAAGAGUCACAGGACGACCUCGCUGCUUUACAAGCAAGCGAAACUGCUGCCCGAAGCGACAGAUUUGAUGAUGCAGGCUCGUCCAGUCAGCGCGUCGAUGAGGAGGACGACGUUUAUACGCUCGCCAUGAGCCACUUCAACACAAAGUCGUUUGACAAGACUGCAGAUCUUCUGCAGCAUCGCACAGAUCGAGUUGCACGCUUCCUUGGCCUGUACGCAAAGUAUCUUAGCUGCGAGAGACAAGCGCAAGAGCGCGCUGGUCCCAUACUUGGGCCCCGAGAUAGAGGCGCGGUCAGCCCAGAUUUCGUCGACUUGCUGAAGCAGCUCAAGGGCGAAGAAGAUGCUUUCUUGCUCUAUCUGAAGGCUCUGGUACUUGCUCGACUGGGGCAUCGAGUAGAAGCCAUGGCUGCUCUCAUUCAUUCCGGCAAUCUGUAUCCCUACAAUUGGUCAUGCUGGCUAAAGCUGGCGCAGCUGCUCGAGCACGCAGAAGAGUGGGAAGCGUUACAUCGUCGAUUACCUAUCAGCUUCAUGUCGCGUAUCUUUGCUCUGCACGCAAUGCUGGAGCUGCAUUCUGCGACCGAUCAACUACAUGGGAGCACUCUAGAGCUACUCGAGCUAUUCCCCACCAGCCUGCAUAUCAAGAGCCAGCAAGCUCUUAUGGCUUACCAUCUCAGAGAAUUUGAAGAAGCAGAACGACUGUUUGAGGAGAUAUAUGAGCAAGAUCCGCAUCGAGUGGAAGACAUCGACACCUACUCGAACAUACUCUAUGUCAUGGACAAGCGAUCCACGCUCAGCGUCCUGGCUGCUAAAUUCACAUCGCUUGACCGCAACCGGCCUGAAACCUGUUGUCUCGUUGGCAACUACUACUCGCUGCGAGGCGAGCACGAAAAGGCUCUCAUGCAUUUUCGACGCGCGCUCGAGCUCGACCGGGGCUAUCUGUCUGCCUGGACUCUCAUGGGUCACGAGUUCGUCGAGCUGAAGAAUUCACAUGCAGCAGUAGCAGCCUAUCGCAGAGCAGUGGAUGUCAAUAGGAAGGACUACAGGGCGUGGUAUGGUCUCGGACAGACGUAUGAGCUGCUCAAAAUGCCCCACUAUUCGCUCGUCUACUAUCAGAAAGCAACAGCCCUCCGACCGUACGACAGCCGCAUGUGGUCCGCGCUUGCGGGCACGUACGACACUUUGAACCGACCAGACGAAGCCAUCAAAUGCUACAAACGAGCGGCAAUAUCUGCCGAGCCUUCCGAGAUCGCCCAGCUGUACAGGCUAGCCGAAUUAUACCAAGAGAAAGAUCUCUCGGUAGCGUGGCAAUAUCAUCGCCGCGUUGUCGAAGUCGCCACCCGAGCAGAGCUGCCUAUUUCAGAGUAUAGCGCGAGCUGCACAUGGCUAGCCGUGACACUUCUCGAGAAGAUCAAAGCCGAAGGGGCGAGAUUGGAUCAAGCAUCAGAGGCAGAUCUGCAAUACGUAGAAGAAUUGCUACAGCGUGUGCUAGCUGGUAGCGGACAGGAACGAGAAGACGCAAAGGAACUUCUUAAGCAGACCGGUGCUCUACGGCAGAGUUGAUCUCGAUGCAUUAUGAUCCAUGGCUGAG